GGGGGAGCUCUACUUCCGGUAGGAGACUGGAAGCAGCAGGAUGCUGGGCGAUUUGCUGCUCUUCGGGACACUGUUGGUCAAUGCAGGAGCAGUGUUAAACUUCAGGCUGAAGAAGAAAGAGAGCCAGGGCUUUGGCGAAGAAGUGAGGGAACCGACAACAGGUGAUAACAUCAGGGAGUUUCUGCUCAGCCUGAGAUACUUCCGGAUUUUCAUCGCCCUGUGGAAUAUCUUCAUGAUGUUCUGCAUGAUUGUGUUAUUUGGAUCUUAAACCAUCUUUGGUGGACUUUGCUGCUGGCUAUAACAACCUGGGAGUGACUUUCAGCUGGAUGUAAUGUCUUCACCAUGAAGUUUUAAAAAAAGCCGUGUUUUUAAGCA